UGUGCAUAUUAUUUAAUAAAGCGCUCUGACAGCUGCCAACUGUGUCAACACAUACUGGCCAGUGAGGGGACAUGGAAGCUGUGCUUGCAUUGAUGGUGAUUCUGCUGGGAGUGUCUCAUGGUGUGGAAACUCACUGUGAUGGCAGACAGGAUGGAGCUCAGUGUUAUGGAGCUUUGGGAGGAAGUGUGGACAUUCAGCUGAUGGACAGGACCUCAAAAAUACCUAGAUAUGGACUGUUCAAGAAUUCAUUAAGAAUACUAGAUGUGAGAAAUAAUAAGGUUAUUCUUAAUACCAUAAAACAGAGCUCUGUUUUUCCCAGUAAUGGAACAUUUAGGAUCAAUAACCUGAGCAGGAAUGAUGGUGGUGAAUUUACCCUUCAAACCUUUGAUUCAGAGGGAAAAAGAACAGGCGAGCGGACUUUACAGCUGUUUAUUCAAGCUCCUGUGUCCUCUGUCCUGCUGGUCUCUGAGUGUCUGUCCCAGGGAGAGAUGAGGGUGUCCUGCUCCUCUGAGGGAGGGGACAGUCCUCAGUACAGCUGGACUCUGGAUGGACGCACACUGACAGAUGCUGAGCUCCUUUCUGGAAACAAUGAGGGUAACAUCAUCACUCUGAGACAGCACGUCUCAGGACAUCUGGUCUGCUCAGUCAGGAACAACGUCAGUAAUGUCUCCAAAGGACAGAAAAUAUCUACCUGUGGCUUUAUUUUUAUUAACUGCACUUCAGUCAAUGGGACACAGAUAUCAGGGUGGGUGCAUAAAGACAGUAACAGCCUGUGUAUUGAACCAACACAGAAUUCUUUGGAUAAUUUGCCACUGAUUGCUGGUGUUCUCUCAGCACUGGUGAUUUUCUUGGUUGUGGGUGUAGCUGUUGUCUGGGCUCAGAGGAAAAAGCAAAACAACAAACCUACAAAAAAUGAGGAAGAAGACGAGGAAGAAAUCUUUGCUGAUAUCAGGAUCGUGAAACGGCAGGCGAAGCAAAUGGAGAGAAGAGCAGAGCUGGAGUUUGGCCAUGUCAAGUCUGCAAAGCGAUCUCGGAAGACUAAACCAACAGAUGAUUGUCUGUAUGCCAACAUCCAUAAAGUCCAGUGAUUCAAGUGGUCAGUGCUUCUACACAGACAGCACCCCCGUAGGCCCAUGGAGGCAGUAGGUGAUGUGACGAUGUCUAAAUAUCUUUCAAUUAAUGUGUUUUCCCAUCAGAAAAAUCCAAACCAUCAAAACUCUCACUUGUUGAUUUAUUAUUUUUAUUUAACUGCACUUCUGUAUGAUAUCAGGGCACAAAUGCAUCUAAUCUUAGGUGACCUCUUGAUUUACUGUUACUGUGAGAGCAUUUCUCAUGUCUCUUCUGUGGAUUCUCUGAUAGAACAAAGGUUAUGACUGUAAUGGAGUGUCUUUCUCUUUAGAUUCGAACUUGACCAGUUUUUGACUUCCUAAAGGUUUGACCAGAUCGUUAAGUUAAAAAGAACUUCUGUGCAAAUUUCAAUGCAACUAGCCUAUUGUGUCCAAAUGUUUUGUUGUACUGAAACUUGAAAAAAACAAAAAAAAUAUGAUGGUCACAGCUUAACCUUCAGUCACAGAAUGAGAGCACAUGUUGUAAAAGUUUCAUGUUCUACUGUUAUGUUUUUUUGUUUUGUUUUUUUCAUCACUGCACAGCGGUCUUUACAGUCUGAUCAAAAAUGCUAAA